CCCCGUGCUUUCAGCCCUUCCUCCCCGGGAGUCUCGUGCGUCCGGUCGCUUCGCUCCCGGCUCCGGCAGCUUUUUCUCUCAGAACUCUUGUCCACCGCCUCCGUCUCCUCCCCUGUCCUUCGCGGCGCCGAAGAGAAGCCCGGCCCCACGUGAAGCAGAGUCGGGGAGCCCCCCACCCGCGCCCGGUGUCGCCUCAGCAGCAGCCGAAGCCGCCGCCGCCAUCAUGGUGAACGUGCCCAAGACCCGGCGCACCUUCUGCAAGAAGUGCGGGAAGCAUCAACCGCAUAAGGUGACGCAGUACAAGAAGGGCAAGGACUCUCUGUACGCGCAGGGCAAGCGGCGCUACGACCGCAAGCAGAGCGGCUACGGCGGCCAGACCAAGCCCAUCUUCCGUAAGAAGGCCAAGACCACCAAGAAGAUCGUGCUGAGACUCGAGUGCGUGGAGCCCAACUGCAGGUCCAAGAGAAUGCUGGCCAUCAAGCGCUGCAAGCACUUCGAGCUGGGAGGAGACAAGAAGCGGAAGGGACAAGUGAUCCAGUUCUGAGUUGCUGUUGCUGCCGCUGCCUUGCCGCUGCUGGCGCCGGCGCCUUGACCUCCCGGGAGAGACACGAUUAAAGUUCUGAAGUUCCAGCA